AAACUAUUGGGGAGGAAAGAAGUGAAUAUGGACUGUUUGACAUGCCCAUAUCACUCGCUGUCACCGCGGAUGGGGACAUUGUAGUGACUGAUUACAACAAAAGGUGUUUACAAUUUCUUGACAAAGAUUUUUCCCUCAAGCAGAAGGUCAAGUUGAGGUAUAAGCCUGAGUAUGUGGCGGCACUGACAAACGGUGAUCUGUUGGUGACAGGAGACGGACACCUGAUCCACGUACUAGACAAACAUGGGAGGAGGGGAGCACGUAUUUUCCAUGUAACAGGGGCUUUAGCGAAAGUUGAAACUACUAAAGGUAUCGCUGUUGACGGCUUGGGACGUAUUGUCGUCACUAUUGGGUACCAAGUAUUUGUGCUUAGUCCUAUUGGUGACGUCAUUCUGAAGUUCGGGGACAAAGGUCAAGGUCAGCAGCAAUUUGAUUCCUUUCUCCGUGUGGCCGUCAACAGCAGAAACCAAAUCAUCGUCAGUGACUGUAGCAACGGUAACCUGAAGAUAUUCAACCCCGCUGGUCUUCACCUGUUCACGUGCGGGUCACUCGGGUCGGGACCUGGUCAGUUGUACCGUCCCUACAGCGUCAUCACGGACAGUGAGGACAACAUCAUCCUGGCUGACUGUUACAACCGACGCGUUUCCGUGUUCAGUCGGGACGGCACGUUUAUCAGGCACUUGCUGACGAAGGAAGGACACGGACUGAAUUCUCCAACAGGACUUACACUAACUGAUGACUUAGACUUAGUUGUUUCUGAGAAUAAGUCUAUCAAGAUGUUCCAUUUGUAAAAGGGAAGGUAAAAAAAAAUGAAUUACUCCUGUCCUUUUAUCAAAGCGUCGCAAUGGGUAUUCUUGAAGUUACUGGAAAUGUUUUGUUGACAAGAGCCAAGAGCAUUAUUGCUGUUACUGUUGACCAUAUAGAACACCUCGCAG